AAUCAAGCUGUGUUUUAUGUUCACAAAGAGCACUCGAUUAUAACAGUGAAAACGUUACGAAAGAAACUGAUACAUUCCAAAAUACUAUCUUGUCUCCUCUCUUUGAAACUCUCUCAAACCUUUUUCUCUUUUCGAAUCUCCACUUUUCUUCUAUCUUCUUCUUCUCUCUUCAAUGAUUCAUUUCUCAACACUCCUCCUCCAUGACUACAAAACGUAUCAACCGAGAUUUCCCUUCUUCCAAAACACUCGAAAACGACGGUGCCGCCGCUAUCAAACUCCUUAGCUUACUCUUACAAUGCGCUGAAUACGUCGCCACGGAUCAUCUCCGCGAAGCUUCGAUCCUCUUAUCCGAAAUCUCCGAGAUAUGUUCUCCCUUCGGCUCCUCUCCCGAGCGAGUCGUCGCUUACUUCGCGCAAGCUCUACAAACGCGCGUGAUCAGCUCUUACCUCUCCCGCGCGUGUUCUCCACUCUCCGAGAAACCUCUCUCCGUUGCUCAGUCUCAGAAGAUCUUUUCCGCCUUGCAGACGUUCAACUCCGUCAGUCCUCUGAUCAAAUUCUCACAUUUCACGGCGAAUCAAGCGAUCUUUCAGGCCCUUGACGGCGAAGACUCCGUUCAUAUCAUCGACCUCGACGUGAUGCAAGGUCUUCAAUGGCCGGCUCUGUUUCACAUCCUCGCUUCGCGUCCACGAAAACUCCGAUCGAUUCGGAUCACCGGAUUUGGCUCCUCCUCCGAUCUACUCGCUUCAACCGGCCGGAGACUUGCCGAUUUCGCAUCGUCGUUAAACCUCCCGUUUGAGUUUCAUCCAAUCGAAGGCAAGAUUGGAAACCUAAUCGAACCGAGUCAACUCGGGACGAGACAAGGCGAAGCUGUGGUGGUUCACUGGAUGCAGCACCGGUUAUACGACGUCACCGGAAACGAGCUCGAGACGGUGGAGAUUCUACGGAGGCUGAAACCGAAUCUGAUCACGGUGGUGGAGCAAGAAUUGAGCUACGACGACGGAGGAAGCUUUUUAGGGAGAUUCGUGGAGGCGUUGCAUUAUUACAGCGCGUUGUUCGACGCGCUUGGAGAUGGAUUGGGUGAGGAGAGUGGAGAGAGGUUCGCGGUGGAGCAGAUUGUGUUGGCGACGGAGAUAAGAAACAUUGUGGCGCACGGAGGAGGAGGAAGAAAAAGAAGGAAGAGAGUGAAGUGGAGAGAGGAGUUUGAUCGGGUCGGGUUUAGACCCGUUUCGCUUCGGGGUAACCCGGCCACGCAAGCGGGUUUGUUGUUGGGUAUGUUGCCGUGGAAUGGAUAUACUUUGGUCGAAGAGAAUGGAACACUCCGUCUCGGUUGGAAGGAUCUCUCGCUUUUGACCGCCUCUGCCUGGAUAUCUCAGCCGUUCCACUGAUAUUAUUUUCUUCUUCUAAACAGUUAUUUUAAUUUAUUUUAUUUGAACGAAUAAUAAUACAAUGUGGAAAGGCUUUAUUAUUAAAAUGGUCAUCAAUCAUCAUCA